CACGGAUGACACGCCUCUGUGAAUGACUGACAGUUACAUCAGCCAAAAGCUGUCCUCUAAUAAAGGCGGAGUUGAGAAAUGUAUUUAUUUAAGAGGUAAUCAUUUCUUCAUUCCAGCGUCGUGUGGGGGGACGUUGCGAGGAGACAAGAUCGGUAACUUGGACCCCACGGAUCCACGGACUGCUCAUUCACUUUCAGCUGUUUACAAACCCACUUAUUCAUUACAUAAAAAGAUGUUGAGACUGACAAUAGCCCUCGCUCUGGUGACCCUGGUUGCUAGCUCGCAGUGCCCCAACAAUGAAGUGUGUGCGGCAGGCCAGUCAUGCUGCCAGGAUCCCACUGGAGAGUUCAGCUGCUGCCCUUUCCAUCACGGAGAGUGUUGUGAGGACCACAUACACUGCUGUCCUGAAGGCAUGCUGUGCAAUGUUUUGGACUUCAAAUGUGUAAACGCCACACAUACAUUGCCAUCGGUGGAGAGGAUUCCGGCUAAACAGUCAGACUUUCCUAAAUCAUUCAGAAUGAUCCCCUCAUUACCUGCAAGUGAAGACGACAUCACCUGCCCUGACGGCUCUUUCUGUCCUGCUGAGUUCUCUUGUCUGCUGAUGGCUUCAUCUUAUGGAUGUUGUCCAGUAGCACAGGGACUUGUGUGCUCAGACGGGAAACACUGCUGCCCAAAAGGCCAUGAAUGCAGUGCAGACAGCAGUUCGUGUGUCAAACAAAAAGAACAAGUUGAGACUGUUAUUUGCGGAGACGGGAAGUCGGAGUGUCCUGUGGACACCACGUGUUGUGAGACAGAAGAUGGACAAUGGGCGUGCUGCCCCAUGCCAAAGGCUGUAUGCUGUGAUGAUAAAAUCCACUGUUGCCCAGAGGACAGUGUUUGUGAUGUUGAAAGCUCUAAAUGCAUGUCCUCCACCAAUCAGGAACUGCCCAUGUGGGCCAAGUUCCCUGCUCGCCUCAGGGCUGAAUGGGAAGAUCACAAACCUGCAGAAAUGAGGGCUGAAGUUGAAGUCACUACAACCAGACAAAUCACUACUGCUGGAAACCAAAUGACUACAUUGCCUGGUGCACUUCCAGAGAACUCUGAUGUUCGCUGUGAUGAGACUGGGUCCUGUCCAGAUGGAAGCACAUGUUGUAAGACUAAAGAAGGAGGAUGGGCCUGUUGUCCUCUUCCAGAGGCCGUGUGUUGUGACGACUUCAUCCACUGCUGUCCUCAUGGCACGACUUGUAACGUUGCUGCCGGGUCAUGUGAUGAUCCUUCAGGCUCUACGCCCUGGUUUGAGAAGCUGCCCGUCCAACGUCAGAAUGUGGCUGUUACACAAGUGUCUUCAGAUGUUCCCUGUAAUGACACCGCGGCCUGUCCAGAUGGAAGCACGUGCUGUAAGACUAAAGAUGGAGGAUGGGCCUGCUGUCCUCUGCCAGAGGCCGUGUGUUGUGAGGACUUCACUCACUGCUGUCCUCAUGGUAAGAUAUGUAAUGUUGCUGCUGGGUCAUGUGAUGACCCUUCAUGUUCAGGUGUGCCCUGGGUGAAGCAGGUGCCCGUCCAACCAGUCAUCAGUCAGAAUGUGACUGACACAAAAAACUCUGAUGUUCGCUGUGAUGAGACUGGGUCCUGUCCAGAUGGAAGCACGUGCUGUAAGACUAAAGAAGGAGGAUGGGCCUGCUGUCCUCUUCCAGAGGCCGUGUGUUGUGACGACUUCAUCCACUGCUGUCCUCAUGGCACGACUUGUAACGUUGCUGCCGGGUCAUGUGAUGAUCCUUCAGGCUCUACGCCCUGGUUUGAGAAGCUGCCCGUCCAACGUCAGAAUGUGGCUGUUACACAAGUGUCUUCAGAUGUUCCCUGUAAUGACACCGCGGCCUGUCCAGAUGGAAGCACGUGCUGUAAGACUAAAGAAGGAGGAUGGGCCUGCUGUCCUCUGCCAGAGGCCGUGUGUUGUGAAGACUUUAUCCACUGCUGUCCUCAUGGCAAGAUUUGUAACGAUACUGCCGGGUCAUGUGAUGAUCCUUCAGGCUCUACGCCCUGGCUGGAGAAGCUGCCCGUCCAAAAGAUCAGCAGUCAGAAAGUGGCUGUUACACAAGUGUCUUCGAAUGUUCCCUGUGAUGACACCACCUAUUGUCCAGAUGGAAGUACAUGCUGUAAGACUAAAGAAGGAGGAUGGGCCUGCUGUCCUCUUCCAGAGGCCGUGUGUUGUGAAGACUUCAUCCACUGCUGUCCUCAUGGCACGACUUGUAAUGAUGCUGCCGGGUCAUGUGAUGAUCCUUCAGGCUCUACGCCCUGGUUUGAGAAGCUGCCCGUCCAACGUCAGAAUGUGGCUGUUACACAAGUGUCUUCAGAUGUUCCCUGUGAUGACACCAAAUCCUGUCCAGAUGGAAGCACGUGCUGUAAGACUAAAGACGGAGGAUGGGCCUGUUGUCCUCUUCCAGAGGCCGUGUGUUGUGAUGACUUCAUCCACUGCUGUCCUCAUGGCACGACUUGUAACGUUGCUGCCGGGUCAUGUGAUGACCCUUCAGGCUCUACGCCCUGGCUGGAGAAGCUGCCCAUCCAACGUCAGAAUGUGGCUGUUACACAAGUGUCUUCAGAUGUUCCCUGUGAUGACACCAAAUCCUGUCCAGAUGGAAGCACGUGCUGUAAGACUAAAGACGGAGGAUGGGCCUGUUGUCCUCUUCCAGAGGCCGUGUGUUGUGACGACUUCAUCCACUGCUGUCCUCAUGGCACGACUUGUAACGUUGCUGCCGGGUCAUGUGAUGAUCCUUCAGGCUCUACGCCCUGGCUGGAGAAGGUACCUGCUCGCCCUAGAGCAGGUCAAAGGUCAACUAAGAACGUGAAUUGCGAUUCUAGUCACAUUUGUCCUGAAUCCAACACUUGCUGUAAGAACAUCGAUGGAGACUGGGGCUGCUGUCCUAUGCCUGAGGCAGUGUGUUGUAGGGAUAGAUUCCACUGCUGUCCACACGGCACCACUUGCAACCUUGUAACACUCACCUGUAAUGGCAACGCCACCUCUGUACCUAUGUCAGUCAUAAUCUCAGCCUCAGAUAAGGAGGAACAGAGACAGCACAAAGAAGUGAAAGAGGAAGUGGGGAAGUAUAUCAGGGUUCCAUGUGAUGCACAUACUUCCUGCCCAGAUUACACCACUUGCUGUCUUAUUGCAAAAACCAACAAAUGGGGUUGUUGCCCUCUGCCUAAUGCAGUAUGUUGCACAGAUGGGGAACACUGUUGUCCGGCUUACUAUAAGUGCGAUGUGAGCCGUGUGUCUUGCAUCAAGGGAGAUGUGGUGAUCCCCUGGUACAAUAAAAUUGCUGCUCAAAGUUCAUUAACUCCAAACUCGGAUCUCAACACCAAUAAGUGCGAUGAGCAGUCCAGUUGCUCCACAGAUUCGACCUGCUGCCGUCUAACCACAGGAGAGUGGGGCUGCUGCCCUCUUCCUCAGGCUGUUUGCUGCCCAGACCAGCAGCACUGUUGUCCCAGAGGCUACAAGUGUGACUUGCGUAGACACUCCUGCAUAAAGACCACCUGGCUAUACGUGGAAAGAGUCCCACUUGCCCACAUUGGUGGCCAAAAGCCACAGCCAAAUGUCUCAGGAAAAGACAUUCAGUGUGGUGGUGGAUAUACUUGCCAAGAUGAUCAGACCUGUUGUCCAACCUCCCAGACCACUUGGGGCUGUUGCCCGUCUUCUAUGGCGGCGUGCUGUGAUGAUAUGAAACACUGCUGCCCUGCUGGAUACAAAUGUGGCGCGGGUGGAAUUUGUACUCCAGCUGUAGGCUUUGACUGGAACAACUGGGGCAGCUGGAGGGUGUUCUUCUCCAAAAAGAAACGAGCUACAACUCUAUAAAAAAACACCUGGGUUACUUAUAAAGUGUCCAAGUGUCAGAUUUUAAAUUUUUUACAUUUUCAAAGUACUAAUCAGGGGUAAUCAGACAGUUUACUCUAAAAGUUUGAUUUUAUUAGCGGGGGAAAGUUUGAUGAGGGCUGACUAUGAUGGUUAAGUUCUGUUUCCAUUGUCUAUCUGUAAUACCAACUAUGUUUUGGCCAUUGAGCCAUUUGUACAUUUUAAGAAAAUAAUUGUAUUGUAAAGUGUGUACACAGUGUUCAUAAUUUUGCAUAGUUUCCAGUUUUUUGGUUACUGCUCAGUUUAUCUGAAGAUUAAUUUGACUAUGAAAUAGUGUAAAGAUGUAACACAUAUCGACGCGUAGAUGAUCUUUAGUGACUGAAUUUACACACCAAUUCACACGCCGGCUAUUAUAAUUUGCCAUGUACAAAUGUCACAGGCCUCUCUGGUUUACGUGUUACAUUUUUUCAGACUUGACAUCAUGCAGUCUUGUGAUUAUGACUACAUUGCCCUGGAUAAGGAAAAACAUUAAAUAAACCUCUUUAGAGACCAGAUAACAUAUUUCCUGCGUAACUUCCCUAUGCAAGUCUUUAUCUUUACUUUUAUUUGAGUAAUUGCCUUCUUUACUGAAUUAAAUGCUUACUGGUUUUUAACUGUUAUAUUGAUUGAGCUUUGUGACAGAUGACUAAAAGAUUUUUAUAAGUAAAAAUGUGACCAAUCUGAAACCUUGUCAGUUCUAAAAGAGAAAUAAAAGAGAAUUGUCUA